UAUAAAAUGCCGCGCGCGCCCCGACUCGGACAAACGCAGGUGGACUCGGCCUCGCUGUUCAGGACGUAAAGCUGCUUAAAGCUCAAUCCAAAAGGCAAUGGCUCCACGAUCUAAGAUCUCAAAUGACGCUUCAGUCUCUCCUCCGGAUCUUGCAGAAUCAAACUCACCCAAAGAUGCAGUGGUGCUUCCAGCGUACUCCACUGUGGCUCUCGUGGAUUUGGACCCUGACUCUAACGACCCAUGGGACCUUCCCGAGCUCAAGGACAUGGGGCCUAAAUGGUCAGAACUGGACACAAAGAAAAAGGUUCUCCGAGUCGUGACCUCGAUCGGAAGAUUCAUUCUCUUGCUUGGAUUUCUUUACAUGUUCGUUUGCUCCCUAGACAUUCUAAGCUCAGCAUUUCAGCUUGUUGGUGGAAAAGCAGCUGGAGAUAUCUUUCAAGACAAUGUGGUAUUGUCCAACCCUGUGGCAGGCCUGGUGAUUGGUGUCCUGGUUACGGUGUUGGUUCAGAGCUCCAGCACUUCUUCAUCCAUUGUGGUCAGCAUGGUGUCAUCUGGAUUACUGGAGGUGAAAUCAGCAGUGCCUAUCAUUAUGGGUGCUAACAUCGGUACCUCCAUCACCAACACGAUCGUGGCUGUGAUGCAGGCCGGAGACCGUAACGAGUUUCGCAGGGCAUUUGCUGGAGCUACGGUGCAUGACUUUUUUAACUGGCUGUCUGUAUUGGUGUUGCUGCCUCUGGAAGUGGCCACUGGCGUCCUGUACAAGCUCACCAAGCUCCUCAUCGACUCGUUUAACAUCCAGACAGGCCAGGAUGCCCCAGACCUGCUUAAAGUCAUUACUAAACCCCUCACCAAGAACAUCAUCGAGUUGGACAGCUCUGUCAUCAAUGACAUAGCAGUUGGUGAUCCGAGUGCUCGAAACAAGAGCUUAAUCAAGAUAUGGUGCAAAAAGGAGAAAAUCACGAGUCUGGUGAACAUCACGGUUGAAAGCGAAGCGAACUGCACAGCUGGUGUCCCAUGUUGGAUGGAGAACAACCAGACAUGGUGGACACAGAAGAACAUAACAGAGACCAUCAACUUAGAGAAAUGUGGUCACCUCUUUGCAUCGGCAAAUCUGCCAGACUUGGCCGUGGGGCUCAUUCUGCUAGCUUUGUCCCUGCUGGUGCUCUGCACAUGCCUCAUUCUCAUCGUCAAGCUGCUGAACUCCAUGCUCAAGGGUCAGGUGGCCGUCGUCAUUAAGAAGGUUCUCAACACAGAUUUCCCCUUUCCUUUCGCGUGGGUCACUGGUUACCUCGCUAUCAUGGUGGGGGCAGGAAUGACCUUCAUCGUACAAAGCAGUUCAGUCUUCACUUCUGCCAUUACACCCCUUGUUGGUAUUGGUGUUAUUAGCAUUGAGCGAGCUUAUCCCCUUACACUCGGCUCCAAUAUUGGAACAACCACUACAGCUAUUCUUGCUGCCAUGGCAAGUCCUGGAGAAACACUGGCAAACUCGUUACAGAUCUCCCUGUGCCAUUUCUUUUUCAACAUCUUUGGCAUAUUACUGUGGUACCCAGUCCCUUUCACACGUGUGCCUAUCCGACUGGCUAAGGGCCUGGGUGACUGCACAGCCAAAUACCGCUGGUUUGCCAUCAUCUACUUGGUUACUUGUUUCUUGAUCAUGCCCUUGGCGGUGUUGGGGCUCUCCAUUGCUGGCUGGCAGUACCUCGUGGGGGUCGGCGUUCCCGUGGUGGUCCUGAUGAUCCUUGUGAUCGUGAUCAACAUCAUGCAGUCACGCUGGCCGCGAUAUCUUCCUCCUGCCCUGCGCACUUGGGACUUCCUUCCCCGGCCUCUGCACUCGCUCAAACCGUGGGACCGCAUCGUCACCAAGGUGAUGGGCUUCUGCGGGAAACGCUGCUGCUGCUGCUGCAAGUGCUCCAAGAAGGUAGAAGUGGAUAAGGAAGAGAAAAAUAAGAAGGGUUUUGAGAUGUAUGUCAACCCUGCGCUUUCUGUGGAAGAUGAGAAAAGCCAGAUUCAAACAGUGUCUGGAACACAUCUGUAGCAUGUAAUAUAGAAGUAAUAUCUAUAUUUCUUCAGACUCUAUUAUCUAUCAUAAUUUAACAUAUGUGCUGCUUAAAGGAGCUUGAAGUAGGCUGUGUAGCAGUUUUUCUAUGUGUCUCGAGGCUGCUGAUUCUUUCAAAGAGUCCUGGAAGUAACUUAAAGACCAGUCUUAACAACAGCAGAUCCUAUUGAAUCAAGGCUUGGAGAUCUUUAACGCCUGGUUCCUGAUCCUAAGGAUGUUCUGCUACACGUAGCUAGACUAUGCUUACUGUAUUUUUAUUUUCAAUCUCCUUGUGAAGCUGCUCUCGUAAUAUGGCUGUCUGUGAUGUGCAAUGCAAAAUUAAAAUGCAGAUGGCCUUUGUUAUUAAUUCCUAUAAAAGUAUUUUGUUAAGAACUAUUUAAGGAGGCGCGUUUUUAAAGAUUUUUACUUGUAAAGAAUUACAU